AAAAAAAAAAAAAAAAAAAAAAAAAAAAAACAAGCGACCAAACCAGUGUAUCCAGAACCCCAACCAUAACCUCGUACACACAGCAAUCUGAUUCUGAAGGAUGAGUUUAAUGAAUCCAAAAACGGACAAGUUUGUGAAAAGAUUAACCAUUGUUGCAACUAUUACCGCUUCCUAUUUUCUCUUAACCGCUGAUUAUGGCCCCAAACCCAAUGCUCUUGACCCUAUUAAAAAGCAGCUACUUUCCGCACAAAGCACUGUGAAAGAAUUUUUUUUGGGUUCAAAAUCAGAAUCUGAAGAAAAGCAUAUAGGGAAAUCGGACAGCAACAAGGAUCAUCCAUAAAUUCAUUGUCAUCUUGUACAGGAAUAUUAUUAUUUUUGAGUCAAGGUUUUCUUUUAGCCAUGUGAACUUGUGAGUCUCUGUUCUAAUGUAGUGGUUCAAUAGACUAGAGGCAGACAAUAAUAUCAUUACCAUGUUUUAGGAUGCAUCCCUCUUACCCUAAUAUCCCCUUUUCUCUUAAAUUAUGUAUUUGGCUAUUAUGCAUCUGUGGUGUUUCCCUUUCCUUGUAUAUGUACUAUUAAUUGACAAGGUAUUUUGCACAUCAAAUAAGGUCAUCCAUCACCCAUAUCCAAGCUUUUAAAAGUUGUGUUAAUAAUAUGUAUUUGUUUUUACCUAA